AUGACAUCGACCGCACAACAAAAGGCCAACGACCAAGUUUCCACAAAUAACUGGAUAACUGAAGAUUCGGGUAAGGUCUGGUCAACCGCACAGGCCGAGAAGAACCCACAAGAAUCGACCGCGAGGACAGCGGCCCCCUCUGCCGACGACUUGAAGCCCAUCGGAGAACUCAACGCCUUCGAGGCCGCCAUAGCUUCCAUAGCGCGAGAGAAGAGGCACGUCUAUCAGAAGAUUUUCUUCAGGUGGUGGAACGCAAUGGAGGUUAGGGGCACCGCCUUCGAAGCGAACCAGCAGAAACAUAAAAAUGCGAUCGCUUCCAUACUUGGCGAGCUGAAAAGGCUCGACGACGCAACCGAGACGGCCUCGAAGGGAAGGCAAGAGGCAAAGAGCAGACUGCCUAAUACGCUUGUGCUCGAAGAGGUGUCGGCCCCUCCGUUUGGAGUCCGCCAGGAUUUCACCGUGCUGUUCACCGGCGUAUCAUCAGGCUGGCCAUCCGGCUAUAUUGACAACGUUCAGGUCAGGCUGUCGUCUCAACUUGCCCAGAAACCAGACCUCGGCCCAUUCUCUCGUCAGCUUGGGAUCUCUGACUGGGAAGACUUGCUAUCCAGGCUGAGAAACGACAAGACGCUCACGGAGCUCCAAGGAUUUACUGACUACCGGUCGUUUUGUGGACGAUCUCCUAUAACGCCGCAGGCGUCCUCGGCCCUCAAAUCCAGAAUACGACAGCUCUUUGCACGAGCGCAGCCCGCCGAGCAGAAGAAGGCUGACGUUGACGCCCUGUUGGAGCAGGUAUCGGAGGUUGAGUACUUCUUUGCCCCUCUUGCGGGCAUCAAGGACCAUCUCACGACGCUCAUUCAAGGAUAUCAUGCGAGACCGCAUGCAGAAGAUGCUCUUCUGGCUGGCGAACUCGGCCUGUCCGAGACCGAUAUCAGGCACGUCGUCGCCUCUUCCAACCAGGCGCCGUACGGAAAGCUCGCCCAGAUCCGCGGCCACGGUGUGAUCCAUGAACCCUUGAAGCCGGUGACGCACGGCCAGUUUGUCUUCACAAAGUUGCACAUCGUCGACAAGUUUGGCCAAAUUGUGUCUUACGUUGAGCCGGCAACCCUUGAUUCUCCACGAACAGCACUGUACCCCUGCCUCUCGAGGCACUUUUUCUGA